UGGCGGCGGGCGGCGGCCGCGGCGGUGCUGUUGGUGGAGAUGCUGGAGCGCGCCGCCUUCUUCGGGGUCUCGGCCAACCUGGUGCUGUACCUCAACAGCGCGAACUUCAACUGGGCAGGCGAGCAGGCCUCGCUCGCCGCGCUCGUCUUCCUGGGCGCCUCCUAUCUGCUGGCGCCCGUGGGCGGCUGGCUGGCCGACGUAUACCUGGGCCGCUACCUGUCCGUGGCGCUCAGCCUGCUGCUCUACCUGCCCGCCUCGGCUGUGCUGCCCGCCACCGCCUACAGCGACGGCCGCCGCUCCUUCUGCGGCGAGAUGCCCGAGAUACCGAUAGAGCCCGCCUGCCCCUCGUCCGGCUGCCAGCGUGCCUCGCCCAGCCCCUACUGCGCGCCCACCCUCUACGCGGCGCUGCUGCUGCUGGCCUUGGCCUCCAGCUCCGUGAGGACCAACCUUACCUCCUUCGGCGCCGACCAGGUGAUGGAUCUUGGUCACCAUGCUAGUCGCUGCUUCUUCAACUGGUUCUACUGGAGCAUAAACCUGGGUGCUGUGCUCUCGCUGCUAGUGGUGGCCUUCGUCCAACAGAAUAUCAGCUUCCUGCUGGGCUACAGCAUCCCUGUGGGCUGUGUGGGCCUGGCAUUCUUCAUCUUCCUCUUUGCCACUCCCGUCUUCAUCACCAAACCCCCCACGGGCAGCCAAGUGUCCUCCAUGAUUAAGCUUGUGCUCCAAAAUUGCUGCCCCAAGCUGUGUCACCGACACUCUGCCAGAGACCCACAAGGUGCCCAACUACUCCCUGACCAGAGGUCUCCCCAGCCUGGUCCUUCACCCCAAGAGGACAUGGCCAACUUCCAGGUGCUGGUGAAGAUCUUGCCCGUCAUGGUAACCCUGGUGCCCUAUUGGAUGGUGUACUUCCAGAUGCAGUCCACGUUCGUCCUGCAAGGUCUUCACCUCCAAAUCCCCAACAUUUUCCCGGCCAACCCUGCCAACAGCUCCGUGGCUCUUCGCACCCAGAGCAACAGGUACUUGAUCCCAGAAGCCUGGCUCCUCCUGGCCAACGUCGUGGUAGUGCUGAUCCUGGUCCCGCUGAAGGACCGCUGGCUGGACCCCUUCCUGCUGAGGCACAACUGGCUUCCCUCGGUUCUGAAGAAGAUGGCACUGGGCAUGCUCUUUGGCUUCACCUCCAUCAUGGUGGCAGGUUACUUGGAGCUGGAGCGUUUAAAGUAUAUCCGCCGCAAUGAGACGGUGUCCCAGCAGAUCGGGCAAGUUAUGUACUACGCGGCACCGCUGUCCAUCGGGUGGCAGAUCCCUCAGUACCUGCUCAUCGGAAUCAGUGAGAUUUUUGCCAGCAUCUCAGGCCUAGAGUUCGCCUACUCAGAGGCCCCGAGAUCCAUGAAGGGUGCCGUCAUGGGGAUCUUCUUCUGCCUGUCUGGGGUGGGCUCCCUGCUGGGCUCUGGUCUUGUAGCCCUACUAUCCCUGCCAGGGGGUUGGCUGCACUGCCCAGAGGACUCCGGGAACAUCAACAAAUGCCACAUGGACUUCUACUUCUUCCUGCUGGCCGGCAUCCAGGCUGCCACGUUCUUCCUCUUCCUCUGGAUUGCUGGCCGCUAUGAGCGGGCAGCUCAGGCCUCAGCCCCCAGAAGCUAUGCCAGCAGGGACAGGGGCUGA